GGGCACAUGAUGUUGCACUCGAGCUACAGUAGAACUGUGCCUCGUGUCAGCACAAGGAGAGAGUGGCAUCCAAGCAUUUCUGCUUGCUUUCUUUUGUUUGCUUUUACUGAUAUUUUCGAGUGCACCUGAAAGCAUCACGCGACAGAGCAGGUUGCGCGGAGGGGAAGAGAGCCCACGGCGAAGCUUUGUGUCUCACAACAUCCCUCUUCCUGAAGGGCAUCUCGGAAAAAUAACGUCCAGGUUAGGGACUCAAAUCCAGUACUAAUUAGCAGAGUAAGAGUGAGGUGAUAGACCUCUUAAAAUGCUUCAGUCUCUAGCCAGCAAUUCUUGCGUGCGUCUGAUCCAGAACCACAAAUCGACGUGGUAUUUCGUGUCGCUGGUCCUUGGGUAUCUCCUCUUUCUCAUAUUCGGGGCCGUCGUCUUCUCCUCGGUGGAGCUGCCUUAUGAGGACCAGCUGCGACAGGAGCUGCGAGCCGUUAAACAGCAGUUCUUGCAGGAAAACGGCUGUAUCACAGAGGAGCGUUUGGAGCGGUUUCUGAAGAAGGCGCUGGAUGCCAGCAACUAUGGGGUUUCCAUCCUCAACAACGCCUCGGUCAACUGGAACUGGGACUUCACGUCAGCACUGUUUUUCGCCAGCACGGUGUUGUCCACCACUGGAUAUGGCCACACAGCUCCCCUGUCCGACGGCGGCAAGGCCUUCUGCAUCAUCUACUCAGUGAUCGGCAUCCCCUUCACCCUCCUCUUCCUCACUGCUGUGGUGCAGAGGAUCAUGGUGUUCAGCACCAGGAGGCCCAUCAUGUACAUACACACACGCUGGGGCCUAUCUAAACCCCUGGUAGGCAUUGUUCACGCCACUCUGCUCGCCACGUUGGCCGUGUCCUGCUUCUUCUCAAUCUUCUCGGCUCUGGAGGAUAACUGGAACUUCCUGGAGUCCUUCUACUUCUGUUUCAUUUCCCUCAGCACCAUCGGUCUGGGAGACUAUGUGCCCGGAGAGGCUGCGAACCAGAAGUUCAGGGAGCUUUACAAAGUGGGAAUCACUGUUUACCUGAUUCUGGGGCUGAUCGUCAUGCUGGUGGUGUUGGAGACCUUCUGUGAGCUGCAGCAGCUCAAGCAGCUGAGGAAGAUGUUCUACCUAAAGAAGGAGAAGCCCCAGGACCACCUGGUCAUUCUGGAACACGACCACCUCUCCUUCACCACCGUACCUGAAAGUGUCCUGGGCCCGAGGGACGGCAAGAGCCAUCAGUUCGUCAGUGUUCCUACUCUGGCCUCUCCCAACGAUGACCCCAUGAUACAGUGAAGACCACUAGAUGCAGAGUCUGCAAAGCCCAGCCCUUAGCUCCAAGUAGUUAGCUAAAAAAAAACAAACAAACAACAAUUUAAUAAGAGAACACAGCUUUGCAACAGAGUAAAUUUAUGUGCAUACAUUUAGAAAUAUCUAAAAGUCACCCUCUAAGUCCUUAAAGUUUAACCUGCCUUUACGAGAUUAAGGAGCGAAACUUCUUUAUCUGCUGUAUUAUUUAUGACAUUUGGUCGACACAUUUCUAGGACGUAGUUGGUCUCUUCAGUCUAGCAUAGCUGUGAAUAAUGUGUGACCACAAGGCACAGAAAUGUGUGUUUAUUUUAACUGUAUGUAGAAUGUACAUUAUUAGGGUUUAAAAUGUUAAAUUAUAAAUUAUUAAAACACCUAGUGAUGAGCCAAACCGCAGCCACAGUCAUAAAACCACUAGAGAAACGUAUUGUCAUUUGAGACUAGACUUACAGGAAAACUGGAAAUGCUGGUGUGGUUUUCAAAGAUCAGGUUGACACCUGUUGAAUCAUUUGGCUCAGCUUCACCAACUUAUCCUCUACUUGAUAUUAUGUGACAUUUUAUUAUGAGGUGAAACAUCCAUUUGUGUUUCAGUUUUGUCCAACCGUGCACUAUAAAUUAUUGAUGCACCUGAGAGGCUGAAUGUGUGCUGCACUGUGUCAAGAGGGAAACAGGCGGUGGUUUGAAAAGGGAACUGAACAUUGUGCAGUCAGUAAAAAGAGUGCACUUAGCACACGUGCUGGAACCAGAUAGUACUGCAGAAAACAGAGAAAUGGAAUUUCUCUCAAAGGAAAUGAAAGGGAUGCCGUCCUGACAGUUGGUUUUUCUUUAAAGUUAAAUGUGACUUAACGUCUUCUGUGGAAGCUUUGACUGUUUCUCUAAACUUGAACAGAAACUAUUUUACUGUAUUCACGUGGCCUGACUUUAAAAGCUUUUUUAGAAGAGGAGUAUGAAAGGUUUACAAAAAAAGCGUUGGUACUCAUGUGCCAAGAGUACGUACGUUAAGGGCGACAGCAAGCAGCAAGGAGUACGGUUUCAGUUGAAAUGUUUUUAAAUCUAAUUUUAUAUAAAAAACAAAAAGGUUGAUUUUUAAAGGUUUUUACCCUGACCCCUUUAAACCUGUGAUAUUGAACCCUGGAAGACGAGAGAACCGUUUCUAGCAGGUAGAUACUGAAACCAUUCCAUUAGUACUUCACGUUUUUUACAUAUCGAAAUAAUUUCUUUACGUUUGCUGCUGAAUUUCUGACCUCUCCUGCUACGUCAGCACAUACUGUAGAUGCAGUGUUUUCAGUGUUUUGUAAAGUCUUGAAUGUAAUACGUGUGUGUGUUUUGUUGUGUCUGUGUUGCUGCUGUGACAUUGGAGGCCUAAAGUAGGUUUAUUUAAAACAGAGUGUGCAGGUGAGACUGAGUCAGCAUCACUCACUCAUCUGUUACUCUGUGUUUCUCUGUAGGAUAGAAGUUUAACUAUUUAAUGCAAACAGUAACGCAGUGACACUGUUCAUAUUGUUAGGACGACAACAUAAAAAGUCCAGUCCUGUAGAUAAUGUUCAUGUUGAGUACUCAGUGUUGACGCUUUAACCAUGGCUUUGAGAGUUUGUCCUCAAGGUUAAGACUGUCAAGGUGAAAAGGUACUUACUUUGUUAUUUUCGUUCAGGGAGCAAACAUGUUUGGAAAAUUUGCUACGGGGAUUUUUGUACAUACGUUCGUGUUCUGCUUCACAUACUGUGAUACUUGUGCACAGUGAAGUAUUUAUAGUGUCUUAGCACAAAUAUUGUACAGGAUAAAACCCGCAGUAAUGAGCUUUUUCUAUAAACUUCAUUUCAACAUAAUUCAUGGACUGUACCAUUUUGCUGUGUCUUAAAUAAAGUGUUGUUUUAUUGCUUCA